ACUCCAUCCUGUCCAUUGAUAGAUAUAUUCCUAUAUAAGAGACGAUCACAGUCUGAAAGGGUCACAUUUGGUCGAGUGUCCCUGGACUUUGACGAUGCGGUGUGUGCUCUCAGCUGUUCUUCUGCCUCUGAUUCUGCGUGCAUGCACCGGUGCAGACUGGUGCUACCAGACACAAGUGAGCUGUGAAUCUCACUGUAAAGGACCAGACCGAUGGAGUGAAGUCAAUGCAGAGUGUGGGAAGAGCAGACAGUCACCAAUCAACAUAGUGACGAAGAAAACAAAGCUGGACGAGCGGCUGACGCCUUUCAAAUUCACCGGCUACCAGACCGUAUUCGAGAGCACCAUGAAGAACAACGGCCACUCGGUUAAGGUCAGUAUACCCAUCCCAGCCACAGUGUCUGGAGGAAACCUGGGAGAAACGUACAAAGCCGUGCAGUUUCACCUCCACUGGGGCACCAGCGGAGGUCCUGGAUCUGAACACACCAUCGAUGGAGAGCAGUAUCCAAUGGAGCUGCAUAUUGUGCACAUGAAACAAAGAUACAACAGACUUGAAGACGCACUCAGAGAUCCUUCAGGAAUCGCGGUGCUGGGAUUCUUCUACGAGGAGUCGAGCAGCUCUAACAGAAAGUACGAUCACUUCACACACGGCCUGCGCAGCAUCCAGAAUACAAAUGGAAACACGACGCUCCGUAAGAUCUCUCUGAAUCAGCUCAUUCUGCCUGAAGCCAACAUGACGAACUAUUACCGGUAUGACGGCUCUCUGACCACACCGGGCUGCACGGAGGCUGUGGUGUGGACGGUGUUUGAAAACCCCAUUCCCCUCGACGGAGAACAGCUCCGGGCUUUUUCCACCCUGAAGUUCAACGAUGGAAACCCGAUGGUGGGAACGUUCAGACCCGUUCAGCCGCGUAACGGACGAGUGGUUUACCGGUCCAGCGGAGCAGCGGUCGCCGCCAGCGCCGUCCUGAUUCUGGCCUCCAUCAGCGCAGCGUUAGGCCUGUCCUGUCCGAACUAGAGCGAGACCGACCCGCUACCGGCACACAAUCAACACAAUGAGUUCUCAGCCAACCAACAGACCAACAGAAGAAAACCACAAACAAGCUGUUUCUACAGGACACUAGAGUAGUGUAGAAUCUGACCAGUAGACGUGUGCUCAUAGCUAUCAAUAAGAGCUGGACUAAAGCCGCCCGGACUUUCUGUGAAGGUCUGACGGGGAAUAAAUGCAUGACCUUUAUCUGUUAUAGACAUCUGCCAAACACACACACACACACACACAGGCUAUAUUUACAAAGGCUUUGAUGUGCCGGAGAUGUGCAUUACUAACACACACACAAGCGAUGACCAGCACUCUACUGGUGAAAGGUCACAGAGGUCAAGGGUGAAAGGUCACAGAGCCGUGAGAAUAGAUCGGAGAAAUACCCAGAUAUAGCAAACACACAAAUAAAUCUACAUUAAUUCUGUUGACAGUUUCAUAGGGCGUUUCACACUUGAGUUAAAUUCGCUUUAAUUGAAUCAAGUCAAUUGAUCGAGAACUGAGAAUUUAAAUUUAUACGUGUGUAUAUGUAUAUAUAUGCAUAUGUAUAUGUACAUAUGCAUAAAUAUAAAUUAUUUCAUAUAUAUAUAUAUAUAUAUAUAUAUAUAUAUAUAUAUAUAUAUAUAUAUAUAGUCCUGUCCAGUUUUGCAAACUGCUUUCAGACCCCUAAAAAAUGCCAAGUGUGGAAAUAAAGGGAACCAAGUACUUAGCAUUUCUAAGUUUAACCCAGACAUGCAUUGCUUCAUACAGACACAUCAAUCCCUUUGCUAGUCAAUAGAGAUGGUCAAAGUGAAAGUGGUGUGUUCUCUGUGACAAGAUUUUGUUUAAAAUUAACUAGAAUUUCACAACACUUACAGUCUGUGGCAUGAUAUUUACACACAUCUGGACUUGCUGUAGACGUCUUGAAGUCAUGCAUCUUGCGCACAAACUUACACUGUAUAUCCAAAAGAUUCUGUUCGAGUCUGUUGUGAGGACACAUGAUUUGUGUUCUAUAAACUUUGAGGGUCUCAGACGCACUAAACGUGAUGCAUUGAUGCUCUUUCUGGAGAAAAUGAAUAUGAUGAUUAGUAUUUGCUGUAAAGGCCGUGCAGACUCUACAAAUAGGGAAACGUGCAACGUCUGUACUCAUAACACACAUUAACAUUAUCUAUAUGUAUGUUUUUCUGCACAUUUAUGUAUGUAUGUAUGUAUGUUGAUGUAAGCGCUGCUGUUUGUUAUGUGUAUUAUUGCUGAAAGCAUUCAUGAAUUUGACCUCUGGACACUCAAAUCAACAGCAAAGCAUCACUGAAUUGCGAUCUCCUGCCUGUGCAUAUUGAUAUUUAAACUUCAUUUGCGUUGAAAAUGUCAGUUUUGUCAACCUGUCAGAAUGCACUGAUGAUAUUAUGAUGAUGUAAAUGCUAAUGAUGUGGUGAAUGCAUUCCAGUAUAAUAAUAAAUGGCUGUGUUUCAUUUUUUAAA